GCUAACGUUCCAGUCGGGCUCAGAGAAAGAACCAGGAGGAAACAGGGGCCGCACAAUUAACAACAGUACAAACAAGGGGAGGCGACGAGCGAGGAAAACAAAGCAGGUUUUGUUCCAAGGAGCACCUGAAUUGCCUUUUGCUGUCUUGACAAAUCGGAAGAAACUAGAGAAAACGCCGUUUGGAAGGUGGACAGUCCGCUGCCUGGUUGCUCGUGGUAACUCUCCGCCAUGCCGUUCCCCUUUGGCAAGUCCCACAAGUCACCGGCGGACAUCGUCAAAAACCUUAAGGACAGCAUGGCGGUGCUCGAGAAGCACGAUAUCUCUGAUAAAAAGGCCGAGAAGGCCACAGAGGAAGUGUCAAAGAGCCUGGUGGCCAUGAAGGAGAUCCUAUAUGGGACGAAUGAAAAGGAGCCCCAGACGGAGGCAGUGGCCCAGCUCGCCCAGGAGCUCUACAACAGCGGCUUACUGAGCACCCUGAUAGCAGACCUGCAGCUCAUCGACUUUGAGGGUAAAAAAGAUGUGGCUCAGAUCUUCAACAACAUCCUGAGGCGUCAGAUUGGCACUCGGACACCGACAGUAGAAUACCUUUGCACUCAGCAGAAUAUCCUCUUCAUGUUGCUGAAAGGGUAUGAGUCUCCGGAGAUUGCUCUAAACUGUGGUAUCAUGCUGAGGGAGUGCAUCAGACAUGAACCGUUGGCCAAAAUCACACUGUGCUCAGAACAGUUCUAUGACUUCUUCAGAUACGUGGAGAUGUCCACAUUCGACAUUGCCUCAGACGCAUUUGCCACUUUCAAAGACCUCCUUACAAGACACAAGCUACUGAGUGCAGAGUUUCUGGAGCAACAUUAUGACAAGUUCUUUAGUGAAUACGAGAAGUUACUCCACUCAGAAAACUACGUGACUAAAAGGCAGUCCCUGAAGUUAUUGGGAGAGUUGCUUCUUGACCGGCACAAUUUCACCAUAAUGACGAAAUACAUCAGCAAACCAGAGAAUCUCAAGCUAAUGAUGAAUCUGCUACGGGACAAGAGUCGCAACAUCCAGUUUGAGGCUUUCCACGUUUUUAAGGUGUUUGUGGCCAACCCCAACAAGACACAGCCCAUCCUGGACAUCCUGCUGAAGAACCAGACCAAACUCAUCGAGUUUCUCAGCAAGUUCCAGAAUGACAGAACAGAGGACGAACAGUUCAACGAUGAAAAGACUUACCUGGUCAAACAGAUCAGAGACCUCAAGAGGCCUGCACCCCAGGAGGCCUGAGGACACGUGCAGAGGUGCAGGGAGGAGCCACCAGGACCAUAUCUGGACAACGUCUGCUUAAUGGACCCAUCAGCAGCUGCUGUUCUGGUUUCUGAACAAAAAUGAGGAAACAAAUGAAAAACAAACAUGCCCAUUUCAGCUCAUCUGGAAGUCACCAGCUCCUCUGCUCCUCAGAACAUUUGAUAUUUUUUUCUUUUUCAGUCUUUUUCCUUCAAAACAAAUAAGAGAAAAUAAUAGUUGCUGCUGCUUUCUUGCACAUUGAUACAUUUAAGGUAUAUUAUAUUGACACAACAGUCCAUCACACAUAGUGACAGAAAAUGUCCGUGCAUUUAAAGUGAGGCAGACUUCCUGAUUUAAAAAGUCACACACACACACACACACACACACACACACAUACACACACACAGCAAGCAACAAAAGUCGACACGUUUACACACAUGUAUUACAUAAAAAAAAAAAACGCAUACACACAUGCUGCAAGAAUGUCAGCUAAAACCUUGUGAUGGAAAUGGUACGAGCAAGUUGAACAUUGGUGUGUUUGUUGCAUGCCUUGAAAUGUGACAGAUCCAUGGCUGUACCCGGCGUCGGCUCUGUGAAACAUCUGCCCAGUUUGGCACCCACGUUCAGUGCCGCCGACUUGGGAAUUCAUGUGCAUCACAGCAACCGCUACAGUUAGCAUCUAUGCCUUCAUCCAUCAAAGCAAACGGUGGUUCAUUUAACCAGGGACAAGCUCUCAGAUGCCAUCACAUGGAACCAUUUACCUCCUGUGUGCUUUGUUACGACACUGCACUUGAAGCACACGAAGAGAGGAGGGAGGGAUGCAAGGUAUGAAUUUGGUAAAGCCCGAGAAUUGGGUGUUUUUAUUGUUUUCUGGGACAGGGUGAACAUGUACAUAUGCCUUUUUUUUUUGCUUUGUAGAUUUUUGUUAAACCUUGACAUAUGAAUAUAUAUUAUAUAUAUAUAUUACCUUAAACAUCGCGUUUUUGGUUAAUUGUAAUCAAAUUACUUUCUAAACCAUGAAAAACAACUGGCUAAGUGACAUUGUUUUUGCAUUUCAUUUUACUGCUGAAAUGGUUGCUGGUGGGUUUCUUUGUACAUAACUUAAAGGGCCAGCUCACAUUUAGCUAACCUAUAGGAUAUUAACAAUUUGUACAGCGGAGGAAUGUCAUGGUAUUAGCUCUGGAUCUGUUAAUCCUCUUUUUAUUCUCCAUCUACAUUUUGAGUAUCUCAGACUGCUGAAAAUGUGCCGGGGUGUGAGCAGUGGAGAAAGGGAGGGAAGGGAAUGGCAGAGCAUUAACUGAAACAUUAAAGCCUGUGUGUUUGUGCACUUUGUGAGAUGCUGGGCUGUUGGAAUCGCUUAACUGGAGUUGAGGGCGCUGAGGAUUUCCCCAAUCCUUCAUUAGCUUGUUUUUGCCCCCCGUUCUCACCAUUUGGCUCGUAGCCUCGGAGUGCUGUGUAGCCCCACAGUGAGUGUGCUUCAGGGGUGACCUCAUAACAACUUGGCACAUCUUUAUAUCACUCUUACUUCCCUUCUUGUCCUCUGUUUUUUUUUCUUCUUUUUUUAUCCCUUCUCUUCAGGGGGUUUUAUAAUUCCAGUACAAUGAUGAGUGUAAAGCAUUGUGGGUAGCAGAGUACUUUGGGCAUGCUGCAUUGUCCUCGUGGUGCUGAACAGAACUGAUGAGACCACAGAUUUUCUUUAUUUGCAGUAAAUGAAAGUUGCUACAUUUAGACAGGUAGAUCAGAAGCCAUUCGACUGCAGGCAACAGCACUGCUCAAUAGAGCCCACAGUUCCUCCAUGUGCAUUGAACAAGCAUGUUGCUCCACUGGCUGUGCAUGAUGCUGCACUAAAGAUGUUGUACUGGAAUUGUUUCUUUUUUCCAAGUAUUUAACAACAUUGAAAUAUCAAAUUGAACUCUUGGUGAUAAGACUGCACACUGACUGACUCCAGUUUCAGCAAAGAGCGUGUGGGUGCUUUCAGAAGUGUCAAAGGCCUGGGCCCUACAAUUGAAAUAAAGAAAAAAAAAUACAUUUGGAAUAAAAUAAA